GUUGACCUGUUUCCCAAUCUUUCUUUUCCACCUACGCCACAGAUGUGAGAAAUUCUAUUCAAUAACUAAUAAGCAAUGAAUGAGCAGUUAUUGUUUUGUUGUUCACAGCAUUGACCCUUAACACUUGGAAUGUACCGUUCAAAAGUAGGAAUACUGUGGUGAUUUGGAAUUUUAGUUAAUAAAGUGUUAAUGGAGAAUGGAUGAAAAAAGGUUUUUCAUUUUUUCUUUAUAGUUCAUAACACACCUGACCGUACACUGAGUAGUUUUUCCUACUGAUUGAACUUUCUUGAGUGUUACAAUUAUUAAGACAUCUUUAUUAAUUAAGUGAGAAUUUCAAGUAGGUAAAUCAUGUGGCUUAAGUUAUUUACAUUUGUAGUGGCACUUUGUGCAAGACAUGCACUGGCUUCGGAAUGAUCUUUAUAAUCUGAGGAGCCAUCUUCUUAGAAGUAUCUGUUGACACUGCAUAUUUCAUUUGGUGAUUGAUGUUGCAAGAUUACUUCACAUUUAGAAGUUCAAUAAGUUUUGAUUAUUCAGAGUGUUACUCUAUUUUCUUUUUCCAUAUUAUUCAGUGAUUCUCAUUAGUUUGCUGAUCUUAUUUGCUGUGUUCUUGGAAUCAUGAUUGGUACUGCUAUAAUGAAGAUGCAGAGAAAAGAACUGAAGUUUAAAAAGAAGCAAGUAAAACAUGUAAAAGAAGUUGCUAAGUUUGAAAUAUGUCGUAAUAACAUACUACAACAAGAACUAUGUUGCUUAAGGCAGGAUUUUGUUCAAAUUUCGCAUCGCCUGGAUGUACUAAAUAACUGUUUCUUACAUUGGGGUGAAGGUAGUGAUGACCUAGAAAAGAGCAUACACAAGUUUUUUCCCCCUGCUUUGUUGUUGCAUUGCUACGAGAGCUUGCAGGAGUAACUAUACCACCUGAAAGAAUCUAUGGUCUGGGAACUAAGUGAGAACAUUUUUAAGUAUAUAUAUAUUGUGUGUUAUUACAAAUGAAAAUUACUCUAGCUGGUCUUUUAAGCACCCCUCUCAAAUUUCAGAUAAUCAACUUAUUUAAACUAUUCUUAUUUAUAUUACCAAACAAUCUAACACAAUCUCUUUUUUCUUUUUGAUUUUUUAUGCGUAUUUGUUUUCCUAUAUGUUUUUGAUAAG